ACCAUCACCCCCACCCCUCUCAACCCCCAUCUCACCUCCCAUCUCACCCCCAAUCCCCUCCUCCCUCCUCCCCUGUGGUCACCAUGACGACCACUCCCACUGCUCGUGAGCAUCUCCUGGUGGUGAGGAGGCGCAACCCCCACAUGCGUUACACUCUCAGCCCUGAAAGCCUGCGCUCCCUCUCAGCCCAGGGAGGUGAUGGCAUUGGCCCUAGGGGUCACGGCGGGGAAAGGUCAGCUGGUGAACGGUCAGGGGUCGGAGGUCAUGGAGAGGGUCAUGGCGGCGGACUACAAAGGGCCAAUAGCGACACGGACCUGGUGACCUCGGAGAGCAGGUCAUCGCUGACUGCGUCGACAUACGAGUUCACGAUGGGGCGGGGCCAAAACCUGGUCAUCAACUGGGACAUCAAGGAGGAAGUGAACGCCACGGACUGGAUCGGACUCUACCAUAUCGACGAGACGUGUCCUGCCAACGUGUGGGACUCUAAGAACCGCGGGGUGAACGGCACCCAGAGAGGACAGAUCGUCUGGAGGCUGGAGCCUGGACCUUACUUCAUGGAGCCUGAGACUAAGAUCUGCUUUAAGUACUAUCAUGGAGUGAGUGGAGGCCUGAGAGCAACAACCCCCUGCAUCACCGUCAACAACCCAGGACUUCCUGUUAGAGCCGAGGGUCAAGCUGAGGGCCAAUCAGUGACAGAGAACUGUCGGAAACUCGUCAGCUUCACUUUAUCAGAUAUCUGUGCGUUGGGUCUGAAGAAGGGGAUGUUCUUUAACCCUGACCCCUACCUGAAGAUGUCCAUCCACCCUGGGAAGAGGAGUGGCUUCCCCACCUUCACACACCACGGACAGGAGCGUCGCUCCGCCAUCAUAUCUAACACCACCAACCCUGUCUGGCCUGGGGAGAAGUACACGUUUGUGGCUCUGAUGACGGAUGUCUUGGAGAUCGAGGUGAAGGAUAAGUUUUCUAAAAGCCGACCAAUCAUCAAGCGCUUCCUGGGUCAACUGACCAUCCCAGUGCAGAGGCUGCUAGAGAGACCUAAUGCAGAGGACCAGCCGCUAAGCUAUACCCUGUGUCGUCGUCUGCCCACGGACCAUGUGAGCGGCCAGCUGCAGUUCAGAGUGGACAUGACCUCUGGACAUGAUGAGGGCUCUCCUGAUGCCAUGGGUUCCAUCUUGGGUUUGUCAGUGAACGGGGACCCUGGGAGCCCCUCUGACGAUGAAGACCCCCACCCUUCCUCCAGGGCCCGGGGCCCUCUCCCACAGGUGUCCCUCAACGACUACUUGGAUGCCAUCGAAGCUCCUAAGGGCCCGGGAGAGCGGCCCCUGGGCGCGACGUCACCCAAGCUGAGGUCCAGUUUCCCGACGAACACACGACUCAGCGCCAUGCUGCAUAUAGACUCUGAUGAAGACGAGGAGGCAGGGCCGUCCAGGGACCAUCCACCACAUGACAGGAAGCCCUUGCUGCCAUUGGCCAAUGGGGUUCAGGCUGGGGUUGGGAAGGGAGCUGCCUCUUCAGAACAGGGCCUGGGGAAACAAGAGAAAGAGGGGACAGAGACGAAUACUGCAGUGCAGAAGGUGUCAGAGGACGCUGUGGCAGCCAGGACUGAGACCAGUCGGCAACCAACGAUCUCAGGGGCCACAGCAGCCCAGGAGCCCCUCAGGAACUCACUGCCUGCUGUUCUGAAGACAUCCACUACUCAGAAGAGACGGAAGGAAGAGGAAAUGGCGCCCAAGGCUGAGGAGGAAGGGGCGGAGUCAUCCAGUGAAGGAGCAAGUGCCAUUGCAGCCUCCCCGACGACCAGUAGCGUUGCCGACCAGGGGGGCGGGGCCUCUGGCUCUGAUGUCACAGGAGCAAGGACCGCCAGCGCAGCAGCCAAUGAGGAAGAAGAGGGUGGGGAGAUCUGGCAGAGGAGGUCCAUGCAGGCGUCUGGAGGCGUGUCUCAGGAGGAGGGGGCGCGGUCUUCUGAAGCGAGUGGGCCAAUCGACUCUUCUCAGAGGGUCUCUGAGGAGGGCAGCGAGGCAGGAGGGGCCACAGGUCAAGUCAACGGUCACCAGUCCGUCCGCUCCCUGCCCUCUGUCCGUCACGACAUGGGUCGCUACCAGAGAGUAGAUGAGCCACUUCCUCCCAACUGGGAGGCCCGUAUAGACAGUCACAGUCGUGUGUUUCUAUGUGUUUCAGACUGGGAGGCCCGUAUAGACAGUCACAACUGGGAGGCCCGUAUAGACAGUCACAGUCGUGUGUUCUAUGUGUUUCAGACUGGGAGGCCCACUGGGAGGGCCCGUAUAGACAGUCACAGUCGUGUGUUCUAUGUGGACCAUGUGAACCGCACCACCACCUGGCAGAGACCCACCGCGCCUCCAGCACCGCAGCUCCUCCAGAGGUCCAACAGCAUACAGCAGAUGGAACAGCUCAACCACAGGUAUCAGAGUAUACGCAGGACGAUGACCAAUGAGAGAACAACAGAGGAGCUGACAGCUCCGCCCGAGGUGCCCACCGACGACACUGACCACCACACUAUCCCAGAGUAUCGUCGUGAUGGUGUGGUGACUCCAGAUAGCUCUCGGUCUCGUCUCAGUCUGCUCCUCCAGUCUCCCAGCGCUAAGUUCCUGACCAGCCCUGACUUCUUCACCUUGCUGCAUUCCAACCCUAGUGCCUACCGCAUGUUUACAGGUAACACCUGCCUGAAACACAUGAUCAGUAAGGUGCGUCGUGACACGCAUCACUAUGAGCGCUACCAGCACAACAGAGACCUGGGUUUCCUCAACAUGUUCUCCAACAAACAGCUGGAGCUGCCCCGUGGCUGGGAGCUGAAGCACGACCACACUGGCAAGCCUUUCUUUGUGGACCACAACUGCCGGGCCACUACGUUCAUCGACCCUCGGCUCCCUCUUCAGAGCAGCACACGUCCCAGCAGCCUCCUGGCCCACCGCCAGCACCUGACCAGACAACGCAGCCACAGCGCUGGCGAGGUCAGCCCACAACACAUGGUGGGUGACCACCCUCGUCAUUCUGGAGGAGGACCACCUGUAAUGCCCCGCCCAUCCAGCACCUUCACCCCGGUCAGCCGCACCCAGUACCAAGACGCAGUGCCAGUGGCUUACAACGACAAGAUUGUGGCGUUUCUACGACAACCCAAUAUCUUUGAGAUCCUGCAGGAGAGACAGACAGAGUUUAUCAGGAACCACUGGCUCAGGGAGAAGGUGCAGUUGAUCCGUAAUGAAGGGGCCUCUGGUCUGGCCAGGCUGUCUGGUGAUGCAGACCUGGUUAUCCUCCUCAGCCUGUUUGAGGAGGAAGUGAUGUCAUAUGUUCCGCCUCACGCCUUACUGCACCCCAGCUACUGCCAGUCCCCACGAAGCUCCCCCGUGUCCUCCCCACAGAACUCACCUGGAACACAGCGAGCUAAUGUCCGUGCCCCUGCCCCCUACAAGCGAGACUUUGAAGCCAAACUGCGAAACUUCUACCGCAAACUGGAGACCAAGGGCUACGGCCAGGGCCCAGGGAAGUUAAAGUUGAUCAUCCGUAGAGAUAAUCUCCUGGAGGAUGCCUUCAACCAGGUCAUGUGUUACUCCCGGAAAGACCUGCAGAGGAGCAAGCUCUAUGUCAGCUUCCUGGGAGAGGAGGGGUUGGACUACAGCGGCCCGUCCAGAGAGUUUUUCUUCCUGGUGUCCAGAGAGCUGUUCAACCCGUACUACGGCCUGUUUGAGUACUCCGCCAACGAUACCUACACCGUUCAGAUCAGCCCCAUGUCUGCCUUCGUAGACAACCAUCACGAGUGGUUCCGUUUCAGCGGGCGUAUCCUGGGCCUGGCUCUGAUCCACCAAUACCUACUGGAUGCCUUCUUCACUCGACCCUUCUAUAAGGGCCUGCUGCGCAUCCUAUGUGAGCUGAGUGAUCUGGAGUAUCUGGAUGAGGAGUUCCACCAGAGUCUCCAGUGGAUGAAGGACAACGACAUCGAGGACAUGUUGGACCUCACCUUCACUGUCAAUGAGGAGGUGUUCGGACAGAUCACAGAGAGAGAGCUGAAGCCGGGCGGGGCCAACAUCCCAGUGUCAGAGAAGAAUAAGAAGGAGUACAUUGAGCGCAUGGUGAAGUGGCGUAUUGAGAGAGGAGUGGUUCAGCAGACAGAGAGUCUGGUCCGGGGCUUCUAUGAGGUGGUGGAUUCCAGGCUGGUGUCAGUGUUCGAUGCCAGGGAGCUGGAGCUGGUGAUAGCUGGCACCGCUGAGAUAGACCUGGUGGACUGGAGGAGCAACACAGAUUACAGAGGAGGUUACCAUGACAACCACAUAGUGAUCCGUUGGUUCUGGGCGGCGGUGGAGAGGUUCAACAACGAGCAGAGACUCAGGCUGCUACAGUUUGUGACUGGUACCUCCAGUAUUCCCUACGAGGGUUUCGCCUCUCUCCGAGGCAGCAACGGACCCCGCAGGUUUUGUGUGGAGAAAUGGGGCAAAGUUACCUCUCUACCCAGGGCUCACACCUGUUUCAACCGGCUGGACCUCCCUCCAUAUCCAUCCUUCUCCAUGCUGCACGAGAAGAUGCUCACUGCCGUGGAAGAGACCAGCACCUUCGGCCUGGAGUGAGGACCCCUAUCACCUUUAUCCUUUAACCCCCACUCCUCCUAAGACCUUUGACCCUGACCUCUGAACUGUAGUAUCACAGAGGUAGAGGAACCCAAGGGGUUCAAGGGGAUGACUGUCUAGUCCGUCUGGCACCCUGUUGUAUCUUUAUACACACUCACCUUCCUGAAGUGAGCUGAACAGAGGAGAAUAGACCGAUGUGUAUCAGAGGGCAUGACCCCUGCACAACGCCAGGGUUUCCUGUGACGGUUAAGGUCACUUAGACACACUGCCAACACAAACCAAAGGAGAGCACCCUAACACUCACACCCUUGUUACUCCAAUAAACCAAUGGGAGAGAUGGACUCGUAAGCCUCCAACCAAUCGCACAAUGAAGGAACAAAAACCAAGACAUCACAGGACAUCUCUCCUCUGAGAGGCUGAGGCCGACAUCACAGGACAUCUCUCCUCUGAUAGGCUGAGGCCGACAUCACAGGACAUCUCUCCUCUGAGAGGCUGAGGCCGACAUCACAGGACAUCUCUCCUCUGAGAGGCUGAGGCCGACAUCACAGGACAUCUCUCCUCUGAUAGGCUGAGGCCGACAUCACAGGACAUCUCUCCUCUGAGAGGCUGAGGCCGACAUCACAGGACAUCUCUCCUCUGAGAGGCUGAGGCCGACAUCACAGGACAUCUCUCCUCUGAGAGGCUGAGGCCGACAUCACAGGACAUCUCUCCUCUGAGAGGCUGAGGCCGACAUCACAGGACAUCUCUCCUCUGAGAGGCUGAGGCCGACAUCACAGGACAGUGUUGCUCCUGGAGAAGGGGAUGAGAGGAGAGAGGAAGAGAUGAAGGAAGACAAGACAGGUGCUCUUCAGCUGCUGUGGCCACGCCUCCUGUCCUGUCAGGGAAAGAGAACCAACCAAUCAAGGUCCAGGCAGCUUUGUGACCUGAGCUUGUUGAACACUCUGACAGGUGUGUUCUAGAACAGAACACUGAAGUAGCCUAUCGUGAUGCGGUGGUGUUUGUGUGGUGAAGCUGAACUUGGAUCUCUCUACAGGCUUUUAAUCUAUCUGCAAAAUGCAUUUUGUAACGGCCACAAACAACGAUAUGUUUUUGAAUGUACUGACUGAUAUCACGAUGAUGCGCUUGAAUGUGUCGUUUUUGUACGUCGCUCGAUGACUCGUCAAAUCUAAACGGCUGCCUCAUUCUUACCAAACUUCAGGGCAAGCUAUUAGCACGGAUAACCAAACUCAGCUACGGUUUGUUUUCGAUAAAGACAUUACAUUGAGUUGGCUUUCCUAUAAUGUUAGACACCAAGCUCUCACACACUCUUUCAGUGUUUUAGCUGUUUUCAUUGUUUGCUAGUAUGUUGAUUGUACUACACUGCCAGAGUAGAGGGUGAUCUGAACUUUUCAAAUCCGUCAUGUUUGGUUGUUGCUCUUGUUUUUAACUUGCUUCUACUUUUUCCUCCUUCUGUGCAUGAUCCUGAUUGCCACCUAAUUGAAUACCUUGGUUUGAUAUGUUCCUAUUUCAAUAGGGUUUGGGACCCCGAUAUAACAUCGUAUAAUGACAGAUGUUUGUAUGACCAUGAUAAUGAAAGUAAAACAUGGUGAUUAACAGCCUGCAUGUCGAGACACACACACACACACACACACACAGGCUUACAUCAUGCAAUUAUAAUGUGAUCUGUGUGUGGGUGAUGGUAAGGUCAAGGGACAUUUAUAGCUUUAUAGAGACUCGUGACAGAGAACAUGUUGAAGUCAUAUAUAAGCACAGGUGCCCAUGGUGUGCUAUUACACUGACUGUUUUGAUGGGUGAAAUGUUGGUUUUCAAGUGAGGGGGAAAAAAUAUAUUUUAUAGACGUAUCUACAGUACUAGGAAGUUUUAAGACGAGGAGUAAUGAGAAUAUGAAGGAAGAGUUAUAGAAACACAUACAUAUUUGUCAUGUUUUUCACUUCAUACUCUGCCUUAGUCAGAAGGCCUUAGUCUGCCUUCUGAUACCACCAUAGUCUACUCUCAGGGUGCGUUCCAGGUCGCGCUUUAUUGCAGUCGCGCUGCUGCUGAGCAUUUUAGCCGAUUACUAUAUUGUAUGUAUAUCAUAUUAAUGUGGUUCCAGAGAGGUAAAUACUUUUCCAGACGUUGUGAGGGACUAUCAUCUGAGCAGUGUGUCGACUGCAAUAACAAUGACAUGAAACGCGCCCAAUGUCUUUGUUUCAGGGCUGUGACCCCACCCAGCCACCAUCACAUCCCGAGACUGUGGAAUGUAGCUAACAGAAUGUAAGGGACUGAAAUAGAACAACCUCCUGCAUUCUCUUCCAUCAUCCCAGGGCCAGUGAGAGACUGAGGGCAGAUAUAUGACAUGUUUUACGUUAAAAACAUACUAAAAGAAAGGGAAGUACACAGUGGCAUUACAUGUAUUAACAUGUUUUAAUUUUUUAAUUUGAGUAAUAAAUCAGACGCUCUUAUCCAGAGCGAUUUACAGUUAGUACAGUCAUCUUAAUAAAAUGUAGCUAGGUGGGACGGGUUCUAGUGUAGUUUUUGAGCAUAGACUGAAAGACUGAAGCUAGGGAGGGGAAGUUUCUCUUGGUGUUUCAAAGGUAUGCACCAUGGUCUUGUAGUGGAUGGGAAUACUGUACAUGUCCUGGGAUGGCUUGUAAGAAGUUCUUAUAACUUUUUACGUGCUGACAGUACACGUUUCUCUGUCUGCAAAUGAAUGAUUGUGCUGUCCUGUGUAGGCUGUAUUUUCCCCAGGGGUCUCCAACAGUUCGAUUCGCUACAGUAGCUCGCAGUCUACCUAUGAGUAGCUCGCAGUCUACCUAUGAGUAGCUCGCAGUCUACCUAUGAGUAGCUCGCAGUCUACCUAUGAGUAGCUCGCAGUCUACCUAUGAGUAGCUCGCAGUCUACCUAUGAGUAGCUCGCAGUCUACCUAUGAGUAGCUUGCAGUCUACCUAUGAGUAGCUCGCAGUCUACUUAUGAGUAGCUCGCAGUCUACCUAUGAGUAGCUCGCAGUCUACCUAUGAGUAGCUCGCAGUCUACCUAUGAGUAGCUCGCAGUCUACCUAUGAGUAGCUCGCAGUCUACCUAUGAGUAGCUCGCAGUCUACCUAUGAGUAGCUCGCAGUCUACCUAUGAGUAGCUCGCAGUCUACCUAUGAGUAGCUCGCAGUCUACCUAUGAGUAGCUCGCAGUCUACCUAUGAGUAGCUCGCAGUCUACCUAUGAGUAGCUCGCAGUCUACCUAUGAGUAGCUCGCCAAACAAUUCUGAAAGUACUUGCAAUUUUGACUUGUUCAUAAACAAAUCCCACAAGUGUCAGACACCGCAAGCUCCCAGCUACUAUCUAAUUAACGCAAAAUUGACAUUUUCCCACCCCUGGUUAGCCAGGGUGGGAAAUGUUAAAAAGCCAAACCUAACAAUAUCUGCCAAUGAAUUCCCAGCAACAUUGCCCCUGUCUGUCUGAGUGGUGCGCGCGUUUGUCCAUCACUCCAGCCAGUUGACGUGAUAAACCAUCAUGUGAGUUGACAGAAAUACUUUCCCUGAAACCUUUCCAAUUAAAUAUGUAUUGCAGGUAGGCUCACCUGGCAGAAGUAUAUAAUGAGUAUCUGUUAUUUGAAAACUUUGCCAUGAAAUGCGCAGCAGUAUGGAACCAUUGCUAGACUGGCACAUUCCUCACUCAGAUGCGUAAUUACAGGAAAAUUACACAAAGAUAUCUACAUUUGUUAGUUUUCUUCCAGACCUAAAUUGUCCUCAGAGGGGAUUUAACUAUUGACAUGGACUCAGAACAUCCCAUUCCGUUGUUUCCAUGGACUCAGAACAUCCCAUUCCGUUGUUUCCAUGGACUCAGAACAUCCCAUUCCGUUGUUUCCAUGAACUCAGAACAUCCCAUUCUGUUGUUUCCAUGAACUCAGAACAUCCCAUUCCGUUGUUUCCAUGAACUCAGAACAUCCCAUUCUGUUGUUUCCAUGAACUCAGAACAUCCCAUUCCGUUGUUUCCAUGAACUCAGAACAUCCCAUUCCGUUGUUUCCAUGAACUCAGAACAUCCCAUUCUGUUGUUUCCAUGAACUCAGAACAUCCCAUUCCGUUGUUUCCAUGAACUCAGAACAUCCCAUUCCGUUGUUUCCAUGAACUCAGAACAUCCCAUUCUGUUGUUUCCAUGAACUCAGAACAUCCCAUUCCGUUGUUUCCAUGAACUCAGAACAUCCCAUUCCGUUGUUUCCAUGGACUCAGAACAUCCCAUUCCGUUGUUUCCAUGAACUCAGAACAUCCCAUUCCGUUGUUUCCAUGAACUCAGAACAUCCCAUUCCGUUGUUUCCAUGGACUCAGAACAUCCCAUUCCGUUGUUUCCAUGAACUCAGAACAUCCCAUUCCGUUGUUUCCAUGAACUCAGAACAUCCCAUUCUGUUGUUUCCAUGAACUCAGAACAUCCCAUUCCGUUGUUUCCAUGAACUCAGAACAUCCCAUUCUGUUGUUUCCAUGAACUCAGAACAUCCCAUUCCGUUGUUUCCAUGAACUCAGAACAUCCCAUUCCGUUGUUUCCAUGAACUCAGAACAUCCCAUUCUGUUGUUUCCAUGAACUCAGAACAUCCCAUUCCGUUGUUUCCAUGAACUCAGAACAUCCCAUUCCGUUGUUUCCAUGAACUCAGAACAUCCCAUUCCGUUGUUUCCAUGAACUCAGAACAUCCCAUUCUGUUGUUUCCAUGAACUCAGAACAUCCCAUUCCGUUGUUUCCAUGAACUCAGAACAUCCCAUUCCGUUGUUUCCAUGAACUCAGAACAUCCCAUUCCGUUGUUUCCAUGAACUCAGAACAUCCCAUUCUGUUGUUUCCAUGAACUCAGAACAUCCCAUUCCGUUGUUUCCAUGAACUCAGAACAUCCCAUUCCGUUGUUUCCAUGAACUCAGAACAUCCCAUUCUGUUGUUUCCAUGAACUCAGAACAUCCCAUUCCGUUGUUUCCAUGAACUCAGAACAUCCCAUUCCGUUGUUUCCAUGGACUCAGAACAUCCCAUUCCGUUGUUUCCAUGAACUCAGAACAUCCCAUUCCGUUGUUUCCAUGGACUCAGAACAUCCCAUUCCGUUGUUUCCAUGAACAUUUUGUAAUUUUGAAAGUGAAAAAAAAUCUAAAAGCAGGAAAAGCAACACUGACAACAAAUCUCUGAUUUUAGAGUUGUUUGUUAACCGUUAUUUUACCAGGUAUGUUGACAGAAAAUAUACUGCACUACUUUCUCUUGUGUAUCAACGACCCGGAGAAGAGUUGCAGGGGAGAGGAGAAGAAUGGGCCUAUUUUAAAAUCUAGUAAGAAAUGAGUAGAUCUGAUGCCAGAAAAGGUUGGAGACCCUGAUUUGCACUGAAUGUACCAAUGUUUUGGGGCUUUUGACUCUAUUCAUCCAAGUCUCGGUCUCUCAACCUCCAUGGUCUUCACAUUCACCACCAUCACUGAGUAACCGAUAGCCCAUCACACCAACCCACUACUUCUUUACUCACAGUAACCACAACACAACAUGCAUAUAUAUAUAUAUUAUCACCAAUUGUGACCAAUUUGAAAGUUGCAUCCAUGUUUCAGUUGUUCUCACCUUUUUGUAAUGGAAUGUUGUGCCUGUUCCUCUGUGGCUGGCUGUCUGCCUGUCUGGUCCUGCGACCGGCAGGACUCUAGGAUGAGAUACUACUGUCUGCUGGGGGGUUCAAGGCUGUGUCUUUGUCAGAGCUUCACUCUAUGCAAAGCUUUGUUCUCCAUGUCACUCCUUAUGAUUGUAUGAAAAAACCUGAUAAAAAUAAUUGAUUAAA